UCGUGCGGUUUAAUAAUUUUUUGUCAAAUAAAUGAAAAUUUUUCAAAAGUGUAUACUAGACAAUGAAUAUUUAGAAAAAUUAAUAAUACUUAUUUUUGAAUUAAUUUAAAAUAAAGAAAAACUAGUUUAUAAUUAUUAAAAAAAAAAAAACAAAAGCUUAAAAAAUUAAAAAAAAAAAAUUACAUUCCUUCGAGCCGGAUUUGAACCAGCGACCUAUGGAUUUCUGCCCACUUUACUGAACAUAUUUUGAAUUUGUUCAAUUAUUAUUCACCUACAGUCCACCGCUCUACCAACUGAGCUAUCGAAGGUUCAUGUGAUUAUAAUAAUAAAAUUAAGUUUUUUUUUUCGAGAUUACAAAAACUUAAAAGCUUUUAUUUAAUUAUAGAAACAUAUACACUCUUACAUUUAUAUAACAGGUUUUGCAAAUCAAAUGUUUCAUAUACUCAUUAAAGAAAUAUUUCAAAGUGUUUUUGUAUGCAACAACUGUGGUGAAAAUGACCAAGGUGAAAAUUUAAGUUAAAGUAAUUUUGACAAUAAUUACUAUUUAGACUAGAUGACAAAUUGUUGUCAGACUUGUCAUACCUAACUAAAAACAAAAAUGAGAAUAUGGUGUAAUUUAGGUAGAUGGUCAAUUAAAAGAUCUUUAAAACUUGGAGCUUUUUUGACAACAUUAUCAAUAAUCUUUAUUAAUGAAUGUCUUAUAUAUUUUAUUAUGCCAAUAUGGUGGAAUUCACUUCAAUGCCAAUCAGGAGACUGUACUCGAAUUUUUUUUGUCGCUGAUCCACAAUUAUUAGGAUUCGAAAAUGAGAAUAAACUUUAUGGUUAUUGGAGCCGGCAAGAUUCAGAUAGGCAUUUAAAAGCAACAUUUCAAAGAGCUUUGCAAUUUACUAGCCCAGAUGUUAUAAUAUUUUUAGGUGAUUUAUUAGAUGAGGGUAGUAUAGCAUCACCUGAACAUUUUCAAAUUUAUUUAGAUCGUUUUAAAAAUAUUUUUAAUACAAAAAUGAAUAUAAAUCGUAUAUAUAUACCUGGUGAUAAUGAUAUUGGUGGUGAAAAUGGUGAAAUUAUAUCAGAUAUGAAUUUAAAACGUUUUUAUAAUGAAUUUAUGUUAAAUAAUUCAUUUGAUAUUAAUAAUAAUAAAAUAAGAUUUUUUCAUAUAAAUCGAAUGUUAUUAAAUUAUACAAAUCCAGAUCCAAUAAAUAACAAAAAUCGUUUAAGAAUUGCUAUAUCACAUAUGUCAAUAUUAAAAUCAUAUUCACAAUUAAGAGAUGAUAUUUUAAAUUUUAUAAAUCCACAUGUAAUAUUUUCGGCACAUUGGCAUAAAUCAUGUUAUUUUUUUUAUCCACCAUUAAAAGUUGAAGAUUUUAUUAAAAAUGAAAUACUUAAUUAUGAUUUAAUUAAAUUAAAAAAUGAUAAUGAAAGAUAUUUAGAAAUUAUGAUACCAACAGCAUCAUAUAGAAUGGGAGAAUAUCGUAUUGGUUAUGGAUAUGCGAUUUUAGAUAACAACACUCUACAUUAUACUGUUCUAUGGAGUUUAAGUCGAUUUUAUUCUUUAUUCGUUUAUUUAGCAUGGAUUUCUUUAAUGUUAGCAUUAAGUGUUAUGUUAGUAAUUGUUAAAACAACAAAAAUUAUAAAAUUUAAAAAAGAUGCAAACUUUAAUUAUCAAUAAUAUUUUCAAUUUUUGUUUUCUUAUUUUGCAAAAUUCUCGAAUUUAUUAAUAUUUACUUAUUUUUUAAUUGAAUGUUGGUUAAUACUUAAAAAAGUAACAUUAGUAAUUAAGUAAUAUUAUAGUAUUUAAGUAAUUAGACCGAUAAUAAUGCAGUUAAACCUUACAUAACAAAACAACCAAAAAGACUUAAACAAGAAUUUAUUUACAAACAUAAAAAAAAAUUAAAUAAUAAAUAUUUUAUUAUCAAAGUUAUAUUUUAAUUAUUAAUAUAGAAAUAGAUAAUUUCAAUUGUAAAUUUAAUUAUAUAUUUUAAUACACAUUUUUUUCUCAGUAUAAACCAAUAUCAGCACAGAUUUUAAAGUUACAUCGAACGAAAUCGAUUAAAAACACAAUAUUGACAUGGAAACUCUAUUCGAGGUAACUCUGAAAAGUCUGUGCAAAUAUUACAGGUGCACAGGGAGAAAAAAAAAGAAGUUAACACAAUAAAUUGUUGCAUUUUUAUAUUGUAUAAGAGUUGGGAGUUAUUGUUAUAUUUUUAUUUAUUAUUAUAAUAGGAAAGAAAUAAAUAUUUUAAAAU